AUGAAUAAAUUUACCGGAUUUUGUGAUCUGUGUAUUCCGUUAUCUAGUUCCAAUAAAGAUAUGUUGGAAACUUUGAAGGAACUUCAAGAAUUAGGAUACAAAAAUGUUGCAAUCGAGCAGAUAUAUGACCAUAUCAAUAACCCAGGAGAGAAAAAUAAUGAUCCGAUUCCUGCUGCGGCAGAUCUGAGUCAAUUUAGUAAAAGUUUAAAAGGUCACCUACGUUUGCUCAACCGUUUGACAAUAAUCUACGCCGAAGCGAGCGUAACGUUGAUCACGAAUCGAUCCGCCAACAUGCGACAGUAUAAUCUGGUGUCCGUAAUCCCGGCAACGGAAGAUGCUUUCCAGCAUGCCUGCCAAACGAUGCCAUGUGAUAUAAUCUCCUACAAUUUGGAUACCGUUCGGGGGAAGCUGAGUCGAAAGUAUUACUUUUUGGCUGUGAGCCGCAACAUUAUGUUCGAGAUCAAAUACGCUCCGGCCAUCGCAAGUUCCAACGAUCGGAAAGGCACCAUUAGUAGGGCCCAUCGAUAUCAUUCGUAUGGGAAAUCGAAAAAUGUAAUUAUUUCCAGCGAAGCUCGCCAUCGGUUUCAAGUAAGGGGCCCGUACGACGUUGCUAAUCUUGGUCUAAUAUUUGGGCUUAGCGAAGAGCAAUCGAAGUAUGCAAUCCUUGGCGCACCGAGAAAACUAUUGAUUGCAGCGGAGGCACGACGGCACGGUAAAGCAGGACUGGUUGUGACCUAUCGUCAAAACGCAAUCGACAGUGACGACUAUUCAGAAUCGGAAAUUGAGGAACCAUCCACUGAUGAUGAGGAAGAAAGCGACGGAAAUGAUUCCGAUCAUUUACAAACGGAAGAGCCACCUUCGAAAAUUGCUAAGCUCGAUAUGAUAAAUUGCUAAGCUCUAUAUGAUAAAUAUAGAGUGCAUGGUAAUGA